AUGGUCGCUAAGAAGCCUCAAGAUAUUGACUCCUCUUCAUCUGAUGAAGAUCUCCCAGCAGUUGAAGUAGAAUACCCCACAACACCAGUGAAAGCAAGAAAACAACAAGCUGCUAAGAAGCUUAGAAAGUUAAAGGCCAUGUCACCUGUAGCUAAUAGAAAUAAGCGCAAACAAUCUACUUCAGUUUCAUCAUCUAACAGUGCCUUAGAUGAUGGUAUUUCAACUGUUGUUUCCAGUUCGUUGCUAAGCAAUUCAACUUUGUUGGAUAGUUCUUCAACUGCACCCUCUUCGUCAAACAAUUCGUCUUCUUCCAAUUCAGGUAGAGAUAGUUUUGCCAGUAGUUCAUCUGAACAUGAUAUCAUGGCGAUCAAAGCCCAAAUGCAAGAAAUGAUUGGAGUUUUGAGAACCGUAACAGGAAAUAUCUCUGAACUUACUAAGAAAGUUCAGGAGAGAGAAGAAGAAUCAGAUGAUGAUUUUGUUAAUCCAGAAGCUAUAUCUCCAGAAGUUUGGUUACGUCAAACUUAUAGAGACCUUAGAAGUUCUUACAAUGUUCCUUCAUCUAUUGGAGAUGAUUUAUUACUUUCUGCAGUAUCCUCCGAGAUACUUAAAGACCGUAAACAAGAGGAGACCAAGAGAAGAAUUCAAUAUUUGCUCCUUAAAUACAAGGAUGUGAUUUCCAAGUUUGCCCCAGACAUUAGAUUGGAUGAGAUUAACAGUAUUGGUUAUUCUAAACUAGUAGAGUUAACUCAAAUCAAAAUUGAAUUGUUGGAAUAUGCAUUGAAUUCUCCACUUGAUUUUACAGUCAUGACAGAGAUUACAGAACUUUGUAGAAUGAUUUGCAAAGUUGAAGCCCUCUUCCUUAAAGAAGGUUUACAAGUUUCCACUUUCGAUGUUGGUAGAGAAUUCCUUAACAGAUACAUUUCUACUAAUAGUUUCGAAACUGCUGCCGAAAGUGAACUUCAUAAUAUUAGAACAACAUAUCAUUACUACAAAGCAACCAAGCAGCAACAAGGUCCAAAGGGAAUUACCAAGAAGUAUUCUAAGAAGAAACCGUUUCAAAAGAAAAACAAUAAGGGUCAAGGAAACGGUGGUAAAUUCCAAGGAAAAGAUAAGGAUAAGUCAGAAUGA